AUGCGGCCCCAGGCGCGGGUUGAUUUACAGCUUCAAGCCUUCGCCAGUGAACACGCACUCGUCGCAAACCGUUACGCAGUCCAGUUGGUCGGAACUCACGACGAUUCACAGAAGGUUGUCAUCCAGGCUCAUGAAUACGCUUUCGGCGUCGACCCGCCCGCAAACUGUUCGCAGGAGAUGCGCGAGCUCAUCCGUCAAUUCGGUAAAACUCACCAGCUUGCCGACGCUUCUUUGAUCGACCCUGAGUUCGACAUGGAGCCUGACCUGCUGAUCGGCGUCGAUCAGAUGUAUAAGAUUCUACAUCUGAACUCGGAGAAAAUUCUCGCCGAUGGUCUCAUUGCAAAGGCAUCACGCUUCGGGUGGAUCCUGUCCGGUGCAUACGGACCCAAGACCACACGUGGGGAAGUUGUCCGCGUUCAUCCCAUCUGCUGUCCAGCGACCCUUACGCAGACCGCCAAGGAUAUACAAUGUCUGUGGUCAUUAGAUGCCGUCGGCAUAGUCGAUUCGAAUGAGAGGAAAUACAGCGCGGCUGAAGUCGACGCCAUGCAACAAUUUAAAGACAGCGUCGAGUAUGAUGGUCAGCGCUACACCGUCGCCAUGCCGAAGCGACCGUCAAUCCUCCAGCUCUCGAACAACUUGGAGAUAGCUCGGAAUCGUUUGAUUGCUAAGCGGCGCAGCCUGUCUCGAAACCAGGAGUCCUUCCGACGUUAUGAUGCGGAGAUAUCGAAAUUCCUCAUGGAGGGCCACGCCGAAGAAGUCCACGUCGACAAUCUCAGUGCUCCAAGCGCACGUGACCGUUCCUACUAUCUACCGCAUCGUCAAGUCAUAACACAACGCGCCCACGGAGACAAAUGGCGAAUCGUCUUCGAUGGUUCAGCGGCUGCGCCCGGAGAGACAUCGCUUAACUCCCAUCUACUAACCGGUCCGAACCUAAACCCGGAUAUACUCAAGCUAAUGCUCAACUUCCGUCUGCGUCCAGUCGCAUUGUCAGCUGAUGUCGCCCAAGCGUAUAUGACCAUCAACCUCGUCGAGGAGGACAGACCGUAUUUCCGAUAUCUUUGGCAGGGACCUCAGGAUAAAGAGGUCCGAUGUUUCCAAAUGCGCAAAGUCGUAUGGGGAGCGACGCCCAGCGGCUUUCUGCUGGCUGCUGUUCUCAGAGAGCACUUCGGGCGGAUUGAUCCUGAGUCGAAAUUCGACCUCGGCAACUCAUUCUAUUUCGACGACAUGUUGCGUAGUUUCGACUCCAUUGAGGAUGCCAGGCAUUUCGUUGAAAAGCUCAUACCUUGGAUGAGGGCUGCUGGGAUGACUCUCGGGAAAUGGAAGUCGAAUUCCGAGGAGAUCCUCCAGCAUGUGAACUCUAUCACCUCAUCUGGAUGUACCCCCGGACUUGUCGAGACCGGUCUUCUGAAGGUGCUUGGAAUUGCUUGGUCCCCAGGCGAGGACAGUUUCCACUUCCAGCUCGCAGAUCUUGUCAAGACUACUACGGACAUCAAACGAGUAACGAAGCGCAACGUACUGCGCAUUGUCGCUUCCAUCUUCGAUCCAAUCGGUUGGCUCACCCCAUUUACACUUCGAGGAAAACUGCUAAUACAACGAUUGUGGGACACGAAACUCCGUUGGGACGACGCCAUGUCGGGCGCUCUUCUGCAGGAUUUCACGACGUGGUCGUCUGAAAUUCCAAUGCUCACCACUCUCAGUCUUCCCCGUUCGUGUUGGGAUACGCAACGAAAGAUCACAUCCUAUCAUCUCCACGUCUUCGGAGACGCCAGCUCUCGUCGCCUUCUGAAUUGGUUUCACGUUCCCGGCAAGGAAAACAUCGCGGACAUCGCUUCGAGGGGUGUCCCCGCGGACGAGCUCAUUCCGAACACAGCCUGGUGGCUCGGGCCAUCUUGGUUAUCCGAUUCUGAAGAUCUUCGACCGAUAACGCAGCCCCGGGCCAGUCGUGACAAACCGGAUUCAAUUAGUACUGAAAUCCGCCUAGUAGUCACACCCGUGGUCGUAAAUUCGUCGUUGAUAGAUCUCGAACGCUUCGGACAUUGGGAGAAAGCAGUCCGUGUCGUCGCGAAUGUGCUCCGUUUCAUUCAACUCUGCCGAUCUCGUCCCAUGAGCUCAGCUGGCGAGUUACGCUCGCGAGCGGAGUCGCUCAUCAUCAAGUGGAGCCAGGCUUCGCAUUUUUCGCAAGAGAUCAAUGCCACCCUCGCGGGGGAACGUCCCACUCGAUCGUCUAAGUUGCACACCUAUCGCCUACAUCUCGACAGCGAGGGGCUACUACGCGCCAGUUCGCGAAUCUCGCAAGGCCCGCAAUUCACUGAGGACGAGAGGAAUCCAAUAAUCAUCCCCAGUAAUAGCCGACUCGCUAUUUUGCUAAUUCUACAUCAUCAUCGCACGAAUGCUCACCUGGGCGUCAGCACCGUUCUGAACUCACUCAGAAAACGCUUUUGGAUUCUCCGAGGUCGGCAGCUCAUCAAAAAGAUCCUUCGAGCAUGCGUCAUUUGCAGACGUUUGCAUGGACCCGCAGCCGACCAAGUCCAGGCGCCGCUCCCGAUCGAGAGAACUACGCUGACCGCUCCUUUUGCUGCCACCGCCAUUGACUUCUGCGGUCCCUUCCAGUUCCGCUCGCGGGAGGGUAUCCAAAAGAGUUACAUUGCUUUAUUAACUUGCAUGAGCAUCCGUGCAAUUCAUUUAGAGCUCGUCCCCGAUUUGUCAGCCGUGCAAACGCACCUAGCUCUGCGCCGUUUCCUCGCCGAGCACCCGAGUUGUCGUCUCCUGGUCUCGGAUAACGGCCGCUCUUUCGUUCGCGCCGCCGCGGACAUUCGACGCUUGUUUAAUUCGUCUCGCGACCCCGCCGUGCGGGAAUUACUCGCUCAACACCGGAUCACCUGGACUUUCAAUUGCCCUCGCGCACCUUGGAGAGGUGGAGUGUUCGAACGGCUUGUUGGCGUUACAAAGGCUGCCCUUAUGAAGACGCUCGGCCGAAGUCUGAUUAGCUUCGAGGAACUUCGAACAAUUAUUCGGGAGAUGGCAGCCAUCAUCAAUAAUCGUCCCAUCUCCUACUGUUAUGAGGAUGUGGACGAACCUCGGGCCAUCACCCCGUCUCACUUCUUGCGUGGAGGUCCUUCGAGCCCUCCGCUCUGCUCCGUCGCCACGCUGGACGGACUCGGGCCGAACGGUCAAGCUAUAGUUCUCACCGGGCUUGCCGCCGUCGCCGUGGCUCAAUACCCCCAGCAGCAAGGAGCCGCACCUCAGGGAGCUCCGUACUCGUUCUCGAGUUCUGUCAAUCACGCCGCCGGUCCCGCGGCCGCUGGCCCCCAACAAGCUUACGGCGCUCCGCAAAGUUACGGCCCUCCGGCUCCCCCCGCCGCCGCACCAGCAUACAACCCGGGUAGCUACCAGCAGCUCAACGCCGCCGCUGGAGCCGGGGCUGGAUUUGGAAAUAUCCAACAAAUCGCUUCUCAGAACCCCGCCUUCGCCAUUCAAGUUCCUCAGGGACAGGAACAGUACGCCGGAGCUCCUCAACCCGCUCCUGGAGCGUAUGCCGCUCCCCAACAGUAUGCCGCCCCCCAACAGUAUGCCGCCCCUCAAGGCUACGCCGCGCCGCAAGCCGCAGGAGCGGCGAAUCCUUACGGGGGACCAUUCCAGUACUCUAGCUCGGUGACGCACUCCGUUCCCCAGAGCCAGCCCCAAGCUGGUGCCGCCCCGCAAGCUCAUUCGGGCUAA